AGGCCGGUCCCGUGCCGGCGACUUCCUGUCUGGCCAUGGCGGAGUCUCCGCCGCUCAGGGAACCGGUGCUGGAUGCCAAAUCCGAGGUCACCUGCCAGCUUAUAGAUUUCCAGUGGAAACUGGGCAUGGCUGUGAGCUCUGACCAAUGCAGAUCGCUCAAGUAUCCGUAUGUGGCGGUGAUGCUAAAAGUGGCCGACCAUUCUGGCCAAGUAAACAGCAAGUCCAUCAAAAUGACAAUUCCACAGUUUCAGAAUUUCUACAGACAGUUCAAGGAAAUUGCUGCUGUAAUUGAAACUGUAUGAGAACGGAUUCGUGAUUCUAAAGUAAUGGACUCUAUCAUCCAGAAAAGAACUACAUAUGGAUCAAAGGAUAUUUAUGCGAUGAAAAUUGCGCUUCUGGGACUGGAGAGAUGGCUCAGAGGUUAGGAGCACUGGCUGCUCUUCCAGAGGACCCAGGUUCAGGUUCAGU